AUGUCCGAGCUGCCCGCAGACAGCAGUGUCCCGCCGGCGGGCGCGGCGAAUGACCACGGCGACGUCCCGCAGGCGGAGGUAGGCGGCGGGCGGCGGGCGGCGGCCCCGGCGCAGCCUGUGGAGGCCAGCGACCGUGCGACGGCGGCGGCCAGGGAAGGUCCGAUGGCGGCACCUCGGGAAGGUCCAGUGGCGGCGGCCAGGGAAGCCCGCAUGGCAGCGGUCGCCAGAGUGUUGGCGGAGCCCGCGGAGGGAGAGGGUGCUGAGGCCAGACCCCGGCCCAGGCCCGGGAACGGCCCAGGCCUGGCUGCGGCACCAUAUCUCCGCCUCCGUCACCAGCUUGGCGUCGUAGGAGUUCACCAGCAGGUCCUGCGCCACCACCUGGAGCACUUCGCGCUUGCUCCUGGCGGAAUUCCGGAGCUGGAAGGACGCCACAGGCGGUUUGUGGAAGCCUGCAGAGCUAGGGAGGCGGCGUUUGAUGCGGAAUAUCGGCGGGAUCCUCAGAGGAUGGAUGUUGAUGUUUUAACGUUUAGUAUAACUCUGACUGCGUCUGCAGUUAUCAACCCUCUGAUACGAGAACUUGGUUGUGAUAAGUGUAUCAGUAGAGAAUAGUUUCGUGAUGAAAGUACUUCAAGAAGAACCUCUGCGUUGGAGACAGCCUUGUCGCAAUCCUGUAACUUUAUUUUAAAAAGUCAGAGUGUGUGAGAAUAGGGAAGGCACAGUUGAGGGGAAAAAAAGAAGCAGCAGCAGCUUAUCAAGAAAAUGUAUCAGAAAAGAAAUGGGAAAACAAAAAGAUCAAAACCGUUAUGACUCCUCUAACGUCCUUCGAGUUAGUGAUUGAUUCAGAUUCUUUUUCCCGCAUUGUGGAAAUGUCUUUUAAAAUUGCUUCACUAAAGUGAAGAAUGAUUUUAUAAAAUUGAGACUUGAAGAAAAACUGCCAGUAGAGCCCAUGGUGAUGAAAGAAAUGAUCAAAUAGCAAUAAAAUGAUAGGAAUAUGAGUCCCAGUGGAGUUAUUGGGACUGGAAGGCCAUGGAGAGAACGUGAAAUUGUCUUCUUGUGCUUUCUUCAUGUCACAUUCAACAGCAGUUUUUAGUGUAAGGUUGAUUUUGUGUUUUCUGAGGCAUUUCAAAUGACAGGCAAAGUAAAUACUGUAUAUAUUACAUGAUAAAUUAUGUAUUUAAGAAUAUCUGAAAUUUCUGGAUUUUUUCCUUUCAACUUUUGAUACUUUUUUGGUAAAUAAUCUAUUUAUAAGCCCCCAAAAUGUAAAAUGUACAAUGAAGAGUCUUCCAUCCCUGUCCCUCUCCACCCGGUACCUACCACAGUUCCCAGCUGUAACCACCCUACCUCUUUCAUAGUAUACCCCUUUGUAUACACAAGCAAAUACAAAUCUGGGAUGGGCUUUGUUUUUUCAUUUCUUCACAAAAGUUGGCAAAUUAUUGAUUUAGCAUUGAAUUUUCAGUAAGAACUUAUCUUAAAGAUCCUUCCAAACCACUACAUUUCCUCAUUCUUUUUUAGAGCUGCAUUUUAUUCCAUUCCGUGGUUAUGUUGUAAUUUACUUAACCGGGAACGUACUGAUGGGCAUGAAGGUUUUUCCCCAUCAUUUUUAUUGGCUAAAAAAUUGCUUUAAUAGUUCAUCUUGCCUGCAUAUCCCAUGGCAUGGGCACAAAUACAGUAUUGCUCUGAUUCUAAAUACACUUUCAUAUGCUGACAAUUCUGAAGUUGGGGUAUGUCUUACAUUUGGUGUAAUACAGCAUUUUCAUAAAAAUAAUGGUGCAUCUUAUAAUCAGCUUCUUAGGUUAUUUGUUAUGUAUAAUAUCUGUAGCACAAAUUUCCAGAAGUGGGAAUUCUGAGCCCAGUGCACUCAUUUGAAAGUUUAUAGGUAGUGCUAAGUUGCCUUCCAUACAUGUUGUACCACUUUACACUCCCACCAGCAACUGCUGAACAUGGACGUUUCCCCUGCAGCCUCACCAACAGAAUAAGACAUCAAAUGUCUG